AUGCGGAUCAAUUUAGUUCUUUGUGCUCUCCUGGUUGUGUUUUUUGCCAAUUUUACUGUGGCGCUUGUUUUUAAGAUGACGAACGCUGUGUGUGAAAGCUAUAAUAAAUCGUGGUUCGAAUUCCAUACCUGCCGCCUUAAGGCCCAAAGUCGAGACAGAGUUGUUUUUAAUAUGAAUGGAACUAUUCUUCAUCCGGCUAAUAUUAUACACACUCAUAUGAAGAUUUACAAAAGAGAAAGUGGUUUUAAGCCUUGGCUUAUUGACUCCAAAAUCGACACUUGUCGCUUUAUGCGAACAAAUUAUGAUCCUGUUGGUAAAAUUGUCUUUGGCCUCUUUCAACAAUUUAGCAACAUUAACCACACGUGUCCGUAUGUGGGACCUCAGGUUUUGCAGGGAUUUUAUCUGAAGCCUGAAUUGUUGUAUCUACCAUUUCCAACGGGUCAAUAUCUGUUGGCUAUAAGAUGGUUUUUUGAUAGAAAACUACAAUUCGAUACCAAUGUCAGUUUUAUCUUUGAAGAGGAUUUCAGGAAAUCCAACUAA